UGACUUCUGCAAAUUAAAAGAAAAACCAAUGUCUAACAAUGAACAAAGAAAGACAAACUAUAUAAAGCAAUCAAGAACUUGAAUUUUCAAAACGUCUCAUUUCAAACCCAGAAAAGAAAGACUUAGGGAGAGGUUACCCUGAUAUUUCGAUUGAGAUGGCAAGGUUUCAAUCUUUUUCUCUAGCAUUUUUGGUCAUUGUGAUUGUGUCUAAUCACAUUGCUGUUGAUGCAAAUAUUUCAAAGAACAUGGUCAUAAGCUGGGGACAUAGUCAGUCCAAAAUAAUAGGGGAUAGCCUUCAGCUUGUUUUGGACAACAGUACAGGCUCAGGAGCAAAGUCAAAGAGAAGUUUCUUAUUUGGAAGCUUUGAAGCUCGCAUCAAAUUGGUUCCGGGAAAUUCUGCGGGUGUUGUAACGGCAUAUUAUCUAUCUUCUACUGGUACAGCUCAUGACGAGAUAGACUAUGAGUUCCUGGGGAAUGUUACAGGACAGCCUUACACCAUUCAUACAAACAUAUUCACUAAAGGUGUUGGAAAUAGAGAACAGCAGUUUCGAGUGUGGUUCGACCCUACCGCUGAUUUCCACAACUACACAAUCCACUGGAAUCCUAAUGCUGUUGUGUGGUAUAUUGACGGCACCCCAAUCAGAGUUUUUCGCAACUAUGAGAAUCAAGGAAUAGCUUUCCCUAACAAGCAAGGAAUGAAAAUAUAUACCAGUUUGUGGAAUGCAGAUGAUUGGGCAACUCAAGGAGGUCGUGUGAAAACAAACUGGAUCUACGCACCAUUCAUUGCUGGCUUGCGCCAAUUUAGGCCUAGAGCUUGUUACUGGAAUGGUGUGCCCAGCAUUAUCCAAUGUGCCACCAAGUCCCUAGCAAAUUGGUGGAAUUCUCCAGCUUAUGCACGGUUGAGUCGUCCUCAGUUAGCCAAACUUAAUGAAAUCCAGAGCAAAUACAAGAUAUAUGAUUACUGCAAAGACACUAUGCGGUUCAAUGGGAAAAUGCCAUCUGAAUGUUAUAAAGCACAGUACUAAGACAGAGAUGAGUAAAUUCUACCAACAAUAAUCCUAUCGCACUCCAAGUUUCAAAAUGGUUAAUUUUUCUUAUUUCGGAGAUGAGAGAACAUUUCUUCUUUUCUUUCUUGGUUCCUGUUUGUAAGGUUAUAGCUCUCUGAUUGGUUUGAUAUACAUGUUUAUUAUGUUCUAAAAUGAUUUACAUGUUUCAUAUAAAGCUUGCUUUCCCAUUGCUUUACCUGUAUAAGCCUUGUAACUAAGAAGCUAGACAAAGUAUACGUGCAAAAAAGUAAUCUAGGAUGAAGAAAACAUCCCCAAUCCGU